AUGGUCGAUGUUGCUAUGGCAAGCUCAUUAGAAGAAUACGAAUUUUCGGGAGCAGUAAGGGAAGACGUUGAACUGGAAAACAAAAGCAUUGCAGAAGUGGAAGUAGAAGAUGGUGAGCUACCAGAAGAAGGUGAAAUCUGUGACGACGAAGAUGCUGAAGGACGCGAUCGUGAAAUAACGGAAAAUCGAGAAGCAGCGCAAGCUGUAUCUCCGAAUAUGUCUUUGAAUCAGCCGCCUUUACGUAAACCGCGUGAUUUCGACAGAGAAGUAGCGAAUGCAAGAGGUGCUGAAGGCAGCAUGUUGAGUUCCUGGAUGACUGGCGUAAAACAGCGUGCGAAACCUGGGAUCACAACAAUCGCCUCUCCAACGGUUGAUGCGAAUGAAGAAUAUUAUGGGUACGGCAGUAGCUCACCAAGUGAUGGAACAGGGGAUAAGGAUUAUAGGAAUCGAGGAGGGGAUUCAGCUGAUAAGGAUUACCGGUGGAUACGAGAUGAAGAUGGACACAGAGGGUCUGGUGAUGUGAAUGAAUUUGGUGAUAGCGAUUACAGAGGUGGAUCACCCAAAAUGGAGAGACGGCGUCGACGUUCUAUAAGUCCAACAUACGGUGGCCCUAAGCGACCAAGACAUUCACCACCAGUGCGAGGUUGCUAUCGCGGAAGAGGCUUCCGAGGACGCUGGGGUGAACGUCAAAUUUGUAAAUUCUUCCGUGAGGGAUAUUGCAGAGACGGCGACAGCUGUUCAUAUUCUCACGAUGCUGCAGAUUCUGGUCGCAAAGCUGAACUGUGCAAAUUCUAUCAGCAAGGUUUUUGUAAAAAAGGUCUUCAGUGUCCUUUACUACAUGGCGAGUACCCAUGUAAAGCUUUUCAUAAAGGAGAAUGCUCGAAAGAUCCAUGUCAAUUUUCACAUUUGCCUCUGAACAAUUUCACACAACCAAUAUUCGACCAGAUGAUGAAAGACGAUGAAUUAGCCUCGCGCAUAGCUAUUCCGCAAGGACCUCUGAAACGACGAGUUUUGCUUCCUGGUGGACCAAGUUCUUCACCUGGUGCUCAACCAACGGUACCGGCAAUUGUCACAGUAACUGCAGAUGGAGGAAUAACUGGAACUGUCAUACCUCCACCUGCUGUCGUUGUUCCAACUCUUUCAUCUGGAACUCCGGUUACUAUCGCUCAACCUCAGCUCGUCAUACCACCACCUUUGACUGCUAAUCCAACUCCUUAUCCUGCUUUUUUUCCGCACCAUUCAGUCCCUGCUACAGCAGUUGUGAAUCCAACUUCACUAAGUGGUGCUGUUGCUGGAUUAGCGCCGCCUCAACCUGUUCAAAGUGCAACGACUGUUCUGCAGCAAUAUUCGGCAAGUGUUGAAAAACGCAAUUCAAUGGAGGAUGAAGAAGAUAAUUCGUUUAACAUCAACAAAAUGCUGGAACAAAUAACAGCUAAAGUAAAGAAAGACAAUGCUAUGGAUGAAUCUCCAGCAAGUCCGCCCAUGUUUAAUCCAGAUGCAGUCGCUGAUGAAAAUGCUCCAACUAUUCCGGAAACAAAUAUACGUGCAUGGAAGCUACAUCCUGUCGAUGACAUACCAAGCCCCCAAACGAAUAUUGAUUCUCAAAUAUUGCAGAUGUCGUUAACUGAUGCUGGUCUUCGUAACGAUCCGCGGAUCAAGAAAGCACUAGCGUCACAGUUUGAUGCUUUUACGAAUUCCUUAAUGAAUGCCGCGCCACCACCGCUACCACAACCGCCUCAAAUAUUUGUGCAGCAAUCGAAUGCUACAGCAAGUAUAUCUGCUACCCAGUCCAUUGCUCUUUCUGUUCUUCCAAAAGAAGAAUCAAGUGCAUCAAGGUUAGCUGGUCCAAGGAUUUCAACCGUAAAUCGAGAUCCACGUAAGAGAAUAACAGUAAGUGAUCCACGUGUAACGACUGUUGCUGAUUCUCGCUUGGUUUCAACCACAACUCCUACGUUGGACCCGCGUCUUGCUCCGCCCAAUAGCUUAAUUCAAAUUGGACAGAUACCGUCAACAUCCACAUCAAGAGCUGGAAUUGAUAAUGUGUAUGGGGCGGCAGUGGAGGUAACAAUUCAAAAUCGUGACCAAGAUCAUCGUUUGCACUUAGCUGGUUACGAAAAUAGUUUUAUGGAAGAACACAGUGCAGAGCGGAUUGGCAGUUAUGAAAGUCGUCGUAGUUCGGGAGGUAACUGGAUGCCACAAAUUCGUGCUGCUGUUGAUCCACGUCAAGUGAAAAGGUAUGUAAUUGGUGGAUACAGGAGUGACAGCAGUCAAGAUCGUGAUGAAAGAGCGAUGAAUCGUGCAAGGAGAGAAGGAACCAAAUCACCGUCAAAUAAUUCUGCCGCAGCUGGUACAACUACCAUACCUCAAGCUCCUCUUUCUCUUCGAGAAAAGAGGAAAAACAAUGAAUAUGAAAGUCCUCUAAGCAGAAUUCCAGAAAAAACUCGGUGGACAUAA